ACUCAGUAUGGAGCAUUGGUGGAAUCAUUAGUGCGCCUGGUGGAAGCAUCUCGCUGUGGCCCAACUUCUUUGAAUCAAGAUGAUGAGGAGGAGCAGGGCGCGUUCGCACAACUGGAAUUGGAGCAAAACGACCCGUACUGUAAACUGGCUCAAGCACAGCAUUCGGAUACGCUGGCCGUUGAGAUUGUCAAUUUCAAAGCAUACUUGGCACAGGCAGUGAUGGUACGUGCAACAACACUAAAACCCGAUUCGGCAAGUUGCAUCACUGAAGAGAUUCGCCGUUAUUUGGCUAGUUAUGCGCAACAAGUUUGA